AUGUCCAACAGCAAUGACAGCUGCAACCUCCCCCUGAACACCGACACACUUGGUCUCACCUACAUCUACAGCCUGGCCUUCUCACUCGGUCUCCCUUGCAACCUGCUGUCCCUCUGGGGACUGUACCAACUGGGCCGGUCCGGCGGGGGUGGCUGUCAGCUGGUCUACAUCCUCAACCUGCUGCUCUCGGACCUCCUCCAGCUCCUCACCCUCCCUCUCUGGAUCCUCUAUCUCCAGGGGGCGCACCGCUGGCCCUACGGCCGCCCCGCCUGCGAGUUCGUGGGCUAUGUCUUCUACGUCAACGUCUACGCUAGCGUGGUGUUCCUCUGUAUCAUCGCACUGGACCGUUGCCUGGCGAUAGUACACCCGUUGAGUAGUCGUGGCGUUCGGACCGUGCGGGUGGCAGCGGUAUUGGGGGUGGCGGUCUGGACACUGACCUUUCUGUUCUGUUUGGGCGGGCUUCUUCCGUCAGUGUUUGAUGCGGAGAGGCUGUUGUGUCUGGAGCAGUACCCUGUCAGCCUCAGAUAUGCUCACUUUAAGAUUGCUACGGUUGUCAUGGGGUUCCUGCUGCCCUGUGGUAUACUGGGCUACACUUCCGCCCGCAUAGGCGUGACUCUCCAUCACUCGCCAUCCGUCUCCGACCAGGGCCGUCACAAAAUCACAGGCAUCCUCAUUGUCAUCACUGUCAUCUUCAUCGUCGUCUUCGGACCCUACCACCUCGUCGGGGGGUACCGUUUCGUCUCCUUGCUCCUCACAGAUGACCCCUGUGAGUUGGAGCGGUCCAUUUUCCUGUGUUACCGGCUGUGCUAUGGCCUGACGAGCCUCAACACCCUGCUGGACCCUCUGUUCUACAUCUUCCUGUGUCAUGACGCCCGUCUGGAGCUCCGCAGGUCACUGACGCCCUGUCUGGGACAGGGGCACACAGCCCCCAAACAGGUCAGACUCAGUCUCAGAGGGAAUCCUGAUCAGAGUGACAGUGUGUAG